GUACUUAACCUUGAGCGAUAAUGAUAUCACUGAAAUCCCAUCUGGUCUUGGCAAUUUCUCACAUCUUGUUGAGCUGGACGUCAGUCGAAAUGAUAUUUCUGGCCUCCCAAACAGCAUUAGGUUUUGUGACUCUCUGCAAAUUGUGGAUAUCAGCAACAACCCAUUACAAAG